AGAGUUAGUCUCGCCAGGCACACUCCAAGUCAGUAGUGGCGGUAAUACGCGCCAAAAGUUACUUUCCAACCGCUAUUAAAUACAAGAAGAAGAAAAGCACUUCCGCUUCCGGUUACUUCGAGUGUUUUCAGCCAUAUAUGUUCAUGGUUCUUAUAUGUUUACGUUUCUUAUAAUAGUUCUUAUAUAUUUUUAGUUUGUAUAUAUUUAUGGUUCUUAGUGACGCAGAAGGACAGCUAACUGUCCUGGAUUGAACAUUUUAUUUUUCUUCCCCCUCCAAAAAAUGUCGGUCCCCAGCCUGCCGCUGCCCGCUCUUCAGAAGCACUUUCUGGAAGGUUUGAGCAGGUUGGUGUUGGAGUUGUUCCAGGACGUGGAGAAGGUGGUGACUAUUUACCAGGGGGAGAUGCUGCACUACCAGGGGGAGAUGAUGCGCUACCAGGAGGAGAACCGCGGUCUGCGCGCCCUGCUCAAUGACGUCAUCCAGCCGCAGGUGAAGGCGCACACUGCAGAUAGUAACAGAUCCACUACAACUGUCAGCGAGCAAGCACCCAAGCAGACCACGCCAGAAUUUGCAGAGCCGCUGGCGAAAAUGGCUAAAACAGAGCAGACGGAGCAAUCGAGGUUUGAUUCAUCCGAGUCACUGGCUGCCAAACACGGGCCAAAAGAAGUUUCGCUGCCACCCGUCAUUGUACCCAAGGAGGAGCAAACAGAAACAUCCGUGUCAUCUGAACUAUUGACAUCAGAGCGGUUGCCUGGUGUACCUUCAGUGGUGCACAUGGAAGUAUCUAAACUGUACACAUUGACUGAUACACCUCAUGCCUCAGAAACACAGCCUCUGGGCGUAAAAAAAGGGCAGCAAAUAGAAUAUAAUAGACACUUGGCAGCAGAAGGAGAAAGCAGAAGUGACAAUGGACUCCCUGUAGAGUGUUUUAAAAGUGGGGACGAUGAAGAGACUGGAAGACUUGACAUCACUACCUCGCUACAAGAUAUGGCUUUUGGAAACUUCCACACAGCUGCAGAAUGUCCUGGUCUGAGCAGCUGGGAGGACAUCUUCAACAAAGACCUGGGAUCUCUGGAGCCUCCAAAGACCUCUUUUAAAAAGACACCAAGAGGAGGAAGACCCAGUGGCACCUCACCUCCUUUGAAGCGCAGAACACUGUCCUACCCUCCCCCCGAGAUAAAGUUUGGUCCUGGAGGACACUGGCCCCGGCUCACUGAAGCAAAACAUGCCAACAGAUGCCACGACGCCGCGUGCACCCGGAAAACAAAGUACAUCUGCAUGCAGUGCUAUGUGGCUCUGUGCCCAGGGUGCUUUGCCAAUUUCCAUACAAUAUAGACUUUUUCCACUGAACCUUUUUAAAGACACACUUUUGUCGGAGGAGUAGGCUGUCAUGGUUGGAGUCAGAAUGUCUUUCACAAAGUUCCGUUUGCAAUCAGGAUGUUGAAGGUUUUUGCAAGACAUUUAAAAGUAUAGGAUACGUUAUGAUCAUUAAAACACGUUUUAUAGUGUUCGCAAACCUAUUUUUGUUCAUUGCUUUCUUAAAAACAUAUUACAUAAAUUAGAUUAGAUAGUACUUUAUUUAUUCCGUCAGGAGAGUUCUUUGAUUGAUUGAUUGAUACUUUUAUUAGUAGAUUGCACAGUACAGUACAUAUUCCGUACAAUUGACCACUAAAUGGUAACACCCGAAUAAGUUUUUCAACUUGUUUAAGUCGGGGUCCACGUUAAUCAAUUCAUGGUUCCUUCAGGAAAAUUUAAAUUUUCAGUACAAUCCCAUUCAAGUUUAGACAAACAUUACAGGGAGACAGAACAGGAUCGCUGACGGGUCUGCCGGCUUCCAGCGCCCCUUACAAAAAAGAUGAGAUACAGGUAAACAAAUAGAAGAUUAAAAUAAUAUAAAAUGAAAACCUUACAAAAAAGAUGAAAUACAGGUAAACAAAUAGAAGAUUAAAAUAAAAUAAAAUAAAAAUCGCGCCAGCGACCCCGAAAGGGAAUAAGCGGUAGAAAAUGGAUGGAUGGAUAAAAAUCGGUCUUAGCUUGGGCCCUAAAGAGGGGGUGCAGACUGAGGCCAAUGGAAAAAAACAACAACUCAUAGCCAUGGUACACAGCCCUCUUCCAUGUGUGUAAGAGGGAAACAUCAAAGAACACAGAGGACAUUAAAGACAUUAAAGCAGCAGAUACAACCAGACACUUCUACAUACAGCUAUGAAUAAAAACUAAAAGAAACAUAUGCACUGUGGUGGCCUCUGCGGUGUUCCACGCCAUCGUCCGCUGGGGUGGAGGGAGCAUGGCCAGAGACAGGAGCAGACCCAACAAAGCAACCGAGACAGCAGACUCCACUUUCGGCCAGUGUCCAGUCCGCAUGGAUGAGCGAGGAUACGUCCAAGGUGACUGCUCACCCAGCCAAGACACCACGAAGCCUCUCCGUCCCAGCGCUCACUGCUAGCUCCGCAGUCCUGUCCCCUCAUCCGCAUCUCCUCCAGUCCCUCCAAACCGACUCCGACAAAAUCAAUGUUUAUGAAAUGUUAGAGUGAUAAAACACCUGGGGUGUGGGGUUUUUGAAGUCACUUAUCAUAAUUUGUCA